AUGAACAUCCAAAAAAUUACAACAUUUUGUUUUCUUAUUUCUUAUCUAGUUUUUUGUCAUAUUAUAUGGAAUGGGUGUUAUAAUAUAUAUUCCACUUCUGAAGAUGAAAUGUAUAACAUAUUAUACUCUAAAAAAAAGGAAGGUAUAUCAUUAAAAGUGGAUACCAAGAAGAACAUAAAAUUAAAAGAUAUAAAAAAUCUUUACAUGAAAUCAACACCUUGUCCUGUCUUACCUAGGCCAUUUAAAUCUAUUUUUCACUUAAAUUGGUUUAGAAAAUCAUCAGAGUUAAUACCUAUAAGUAUACAGCUAUAUUCUAUGUUUGAAGAAAAAAAUAAUUUCUUAGGAUUUAUUCUUUUAUGCUCUGCAAUUUUUACAAUUAUUGAAUGGGUGUAUAUUGCCUAUUUAGCUUGUGUGUUAUUAUGGGAUGGAGUUAUUAAACCUCUAUUUAAAAUUUUAUAUAUAUUAAUUUCAACUUACAUGAUUAUAAGAUUUGUAGUCAUACUUUUACCAUAUACCAAGUCUUAUAUAUCUCAAGAAAAUUAUAAUUACAUAUCGUCAUUUAUAUUAAAUUUUUAUAAUUUAAUCACCAAGAUCUCAAAAGAAUUAGGUAAUUUAAUGAAUAAAGUAAUUCAAGAGAGCGUAGUAAUUAAUAAAGAACUUUAA